AUGACCCCAGCGAGGCCGAGAAGCAGCGCCAACCCACCCAGCGCAGCCCCCGCACUGAUCCCAGCCCCCGCACCCGUCGACAGCCCUCCACCAGUCCCAGAUCCGCCAGUUGCCGUGCCCGACGCCGCCGCCGCCGCUCUUCCACCCAAGGGUGUGAGGACACCAUCCCGCGUCGAAUCCCACGACUUUUCGAUAGGAAGCUUCGAAGGUGCGGCCGAGCAUCGCGGACUGGUACCCGUCGCGGGAUGGUGCGUAUGGGCGGCAGGGGAAGUACUGGGUGUCGGCGUCGACGAUGCGAUACGUGAGCGUGAGAUUGAGCAGCGGGACGGGAUGUCGAUGGACUGGGUCACGCCGGAGUUGCCGGAAGUGUAG